GGUCGCUCCCGCCGCCGGCGCCAUUGCUGGAAGCCCUCACGCCCUGCUCUGAGAGCGCCUUGUCCUCAGGCGGCCGCCAGAUUUGUCUUUGCAGGACUCCCUUUUUCCAGAGAGGGGAACCCAGAGGAAGAGAUUAUGGCUGCUGUAGUUUUUUCAGUUGGACCUCUGAGUCCUCAAGUUUUCCAGCCAGAGGAAGAUCUUCACCUUCAGGCAGAAGAGCCAGAAUUGGUAAAGGAAUCAGUGACAUUUAAAGAUGUGGCUGUAGACUUCACAUUGGAAGAGUGGAGGUUGAUGGACCCUACGCAGAGGGACCUGCACAAGGACGUGAUGCUAGAGAAUUACAGGAAUCUUGUCUCCUUGGGGCUUGCAAUUUCCAAACCAGACAUGAUAUCUCAUUUGGAGGAUGGAAAAGGACCAUGGGUGGUAGUGAGAGAAAUUUCAAGAACCCCCUUUUCAGAGUUGGAGACCAAACCUACAACCAAGAAUACUAUACCAACAGAAGAUUUUUCUAAAAAACAUUUAUCACAGGAGGCCAUUGUAGAGAAACUCACAGAGAAUGGUCUAUGGGACCCUGGAAUGGGAGGAUUAUGGAAAUGGGGUGACAGGAUACUGAGACUGCAGUAUAGUCAGCAGAGUCCUGUGGGCCAAAGAACAGUUAAACACAAGGAAAUCCCCACUAUUCAGAAAGGCUUUGAGUUUGGAUCUCCUCUUCUUCCAGAACCAGAAGUUAUCGCAGAAGAACCCCAUGGCAAAUACCAAACACAUGAUGGAAGUUUUACAGAGGGUUUAGAUUUGAUCACAGAUACCCAUCUGAGAAAGGAAGUUUGCAAGGAUACAGAAGGCAACAAAGUCAUAAGCCCGGCCUCAGAACUCACUUUAGGGAAAAAACCCAAUAAUAAAGAAAAGCCCUAUAAAUGUAGUACAUGUGAAAAGGCCUUCCGUUAUAGGUCAUUACUCAUUCAACAUCAGAGAACUCACACUAAAGAAAAACCUUAUGAAUGUAAUGAAUGUGGGAAAAUGUUCAGCCAGCCUUCUUAUCUUAGUCAACAUAAAAAAAUUCACAGUGGAGAAAAACCCUAUAAAUGUAGUGAAUGUGGAAAGGCUUUCAUUGCUUCUUCAUCACUUAUGGUGCAUCAGAGAAUUCAUACUAAGGAGAAACCUUAUCAAUGCAAUGUCUGUGGAAAAUCUUUUAGCCAGUGUGCACGCCUUAAUCAACACCAGAGAAUUCAAACUGGAGAGAAGCCCUAUAAAUGUAGUGAAUGCGGGAAAGCUUUUAGUGAUAAAUCAAAACUUGCAAGACAUCAGGAAACUCACAAUGGAGAGAAACCCUACAAAUGUAAUGAUUGUGGGAAAGCCUUUAGGAAUAAGUCAUAUCUUAGUGUACAUCAGAAGACCCAUACUGAAGAGAAACCAUAUAAAUGCAAUGAGUGUGGGAAAUCUUUCAAGAAUACCACAAUCUUUAAUGUUCAUCAGAGAAUUCAUACUGGAGAGAAGCCCUUUAGGUGUAAUGAAUGUGGAAAAGCCUACAGAAGUAAUUCCAGUCUUAUUGUACAUAUCCGAACUCACACUGGGGAAAAACCCUAUGAAUGUAAUGAAUGUGGGAAAGCAUUCAAUCGUAUAGCAAAUUUCACAGAACAUCAGAGGAUUCAUACUGGAGAAAAACCCUAUAAAUGUAAUGAAUGUGGGAAAGCAUUCAUUAAUUAUUCAUGCCUUAGUGUACACCACAGGAUGCAUACAGGAGAGAAACCUUAUAAGUGUAAUGAAUGUGGAAAGGCCUUCAUGCGUUCUUCAUCUCUAAUUAUACAUCAGCGAAUUCAUACUGAGGAGAAACCUUAUCUCUGUAAUGAAUGUGGGGAAUCUUUCAGAAUAAAAUCACACUUAACUGUACAUCAGAGGAUUCAUACUGGUGAGAAACCAUAUAAAUGUACUGACUGUGAGAGGGCAUUUACCAAAAUGGUAAAUCUCAAGGAGCACCAGAAAAUUCACACCGGUGUGAAACCCUACACAUGCUACAACUGUGGAAAAUGCUUCAGAACUAAGUCAUACCUUAUUGUACAUCAGAGGACCCACACUGGAGAAAAACCAUAUAAAUGUAAUGAAUGUGAGAAAGCUUUCACUAAUACAUCACAGCUUACUGUGCAUCAGAGAAGGCAUACUGGAGAGAAACCCUAUAAAUGUAAUGAAUGUGGGAAAGUUUUCACAAGUAACUCAGGCUUUAAUACCCAUCAAAGGACACAUACCGGGGAGAAGCCAUUUAAAUGUAAUGACUGUGGCAAAGCAUUUAGCCAGAUGGUACACGUUACAGAACAUCAGAAAAUCCAUAGUGGAGAGAAACCCUAUAAAUGUGAUGUCUGUGGAAAAGCCUUCAGGAGGGGUUCAUACCUUACAGUUCAUUGGAGGACACAUACUGGAGAAAAACCCUACUCAUGUAAGGAAUGCGGGAAAGGUUGUAUUACUCUAUCACAGCUAACUCUGCACCAGAGAAUUCAUACCGGGGAGAGGCCCUAUAGAUGUGAAGAAUGUGGAAAAGCCUUCAGAACUAACUCAGACUUUAUUGUGCAUCUGAGGAUGCACACUGGAGAAAAACCCUAUAAAUGUAGUGAAUGUGGAAAAGCCUUUAGGAGUAGCUCCAGCCUUACUGUACAUCAAAGAACACAUCAGAGAGAAAUUCAGUUAAUAUAGAGAACAGCAAAUCAUCAUUCAGACAGUAAUAAGAAUCUUAUAAACUAUACAUUUUAUGAAUGUGGGAAAACAUCCAGGAGCAAUUCACCAGAAAAUACACACUGAAGAGAUGCUUUAUAAGAAUGUAGAAAAGCAGUUGGUCAUCUUAAAUCUUAGAAAUUAUAAGAAAAUUCAUAAUAAAAGGGGCAUGUGAAAGCCAUC